AUGGCCAUGAAACUAAACACAAUGGAUAGAAGAGCGUUAAUCGAAAAAUUCUAUCAAAUGGAUAAAAAUUGUGAUGGCAUUUUAACGCCGUCUGAAAUUCGAAUUUGUGUUCAACGAUCAGGUCUACCAGAAUCAAAAGUCGAUGAGUUUCUACGUUUAUUUGAUCUAAGCGGUGACAAUAUGAUUACACUUCAAGAAUAUAUUAAUGCGCUUGGUUUACAACCUCCACCGCCAAAAGAUAUUAAUCAAUGGAAAAUGGCAUUUGAUUCAAUUGAUAAAGAUAAAUCAGGAUAUUUAACAUCAAAUGAAAUUUGUACAUUAUUACAUGAAUGUGAUUAUAAUCGCUAUACUCAAAUGGAAAUAAAUAAAUGGAUUGAAAAAGUUGAUAAAAAUAAUGAUGGAAAAAUUUCAUUUGAUGAAUUUGUACUAUUACUGAACAAUGAAAUAGAAGAACCAAUAGUUGAAAAUUAA